AUGAAACGCCUGGUCGGGUUGGACGGGCGGGGAACUAACCCAAUCGGGAAUGGUCCGGUCAACCACGUUAAUUACAUUCAUGAUACCCGCAGCAGCGGCGACAGCGCAGCAUUCGAGCACGACGCAAUUGAAGACCACUCCGCCCAACUUAUCGACUGCGCCGCCAUCAUCGAGGGCGACACUCAAUCCUCCCCUUCCAAGGGACCCUCCACUCGUGGGCACCGCCGCCGUUCCACCCACGUUACUCGCCGUGACCUUGAGAAGUUUCAGAAGGAGGUCUUAGGCGUCGAAAACCACGCCUCCUUUUACGACGAGGAGAACGGCACCGCUCACCCCAUCGAUCCUUACGAUCCCCAGCUUGCAGAAUUGAAUCGGGCCUUUGACGUCACCUUGAUGUCUAUGAACAGCGGCACAGGAAUGACCGGCAAUCCGGGGUCUGGCAUGUUCUCCGGUUACGUGGACAACUCCCCGGGAACCCCUAACAUGGGGAACAUCCCUCGCCAAUCCAUUUCCCCUGCACCCCUACACCCUGCAGCUCAGGUCAACGGAGGAGGCAUGGCAGUUAUGAACGGCAACGGGCCUAUGAAUGCGGGUCACCAGAUGGAUCUCCAUCAUCUCUACGACAUGGUACUGGAGCUCAGUGACGUUCUGAAGAAUAACCGAGAGGUCACCAAGAAUAUUGUCUCAAGUGCAGAGGAGAUUAUGAAGCAUGGUUCCUCCGACGGUGCUAGUCCAGCAAUGCAACAACUCAACGGUGAUUUGACAGCUGCUGCCCGAAUCGCCGAACUCGAACGAGCCCUCGUCAAGGAGAAGCGACUGGUCGAAGAUCUCAAGCGUGAACAAACGGAAAACACCAAACUGAUAGGCGACUACGAGGCCGGCGUGGGUACGAUGGUGGAGCAGAUCCGCAACUAUUGCCAAAAUAACAACAUGCACUUCCUAUACCAGAAGAGCCACUAUAACAAUCUCCUCCAGGCCGAGCGAGAUUCUCAUCUGGAGAGUCGGCUGGACCGCGAUUACUGGCACGCUCAAACAAUGCGAUGUGCAGAGAUGAUCCGAAAGGCACACCGGAUGCGAUCGGAAGAAGAUGAAUUACCUGUCCGAAUCGUCGCGGGGCUACAAAAUGAGGUUCGCGCAUACCGUAAUGCACUUGGAAUGGAGCCCGAGAAGCCCGAAGAGGAGUACGGGUGGGAGAUCCUCAAGGAUGUCUCUGCGGAAUAA